AUGACUGCCAUGAACAUCCUGGACUCUCACACCACCAUGUACACCCCUUUGCCCUCCUCCCCACCCAAUGAACAAGUCCAAAAAAACUCUGCCAGCUUCACGCCCCCAGGAUCUCCACAGAAAACUGGACAACUAUGGCAAGCCCCUCAUGUGUACUAUACAGUAGCCUCUAGUGUGUACUCUACACUAGCCCCUCAUGUGUACUAUAAACUAGCCUCUAGUGUGUACUCUACACUAGCCCCUCAUGUGUACUAUACACUAGCCUCUUGUGUGUACUCUACACUAGCCCCUCAUGUGUACUCUAAACUAGCCUCUAGUGUGUACUCUACACUAGCCCCUCAUGUGUACUCUACACUAGCCUCUAGUGUGUACUCUACACUAGCCCCUCAUGUGUACUAUACACUAGCCUCUAGUGUGUACUCUACACUAGCCCCCAGUGUGUACUAUACACUAGCCUCUAGUGUGUACUCUACACUAGCCCCUAGUGUGUACUCUACACUAGCCUCUAGUGUGUACUCUACACUAGCCCCUCAUCUGUACUAUACACUAGCCUCUAGUGUGUACUCUACACUAGCCCCCAGUAUGUACUCUACACUAGCCCCUAGUGUGUACUCUACACUAGCCUUUAGUGUGUACUCUACACUAGCCCCUCAUGUGUACUAUACACUAGCCUCUAGUGUGUACUCUACACUAGCCCCUCAUGUGUACUAUACACUAGCCUCUAGUGUGUACUCUACAAUAACCCCCAGUGUGUACUCUACACUAGCCCCUAGUGUUUACUCUACACUAGACUCUAGUAUGUAUUCUACACUAGCCCCUCAUGUGUACUAUACACUAGCCUCUACUGUGCUCUCUACACUAGCCUCUACUGCCUUCUUUAUACACUAG